CACGGAUAGUUAAGAAUGGAGUAAUCGCUUCAGAACAAAACCGCCAGCUUUGUAUCACUGGGAACGGCAGCUGGAAUCCGAGAUAAUGCCGACCGCCUCGUUGUCUCCUACCUUCUGUCUCCCUUCGCGCCGUGUUAUCCCCUCAAUCUCUCCCUUCCUCCUCUCUCAAAGGUUCCAACACUGCACCCCCUCACCUUUCUUUCGAAACCCUAGAAUUCGACCACCUUUUGCUUCAAUCAGCGUAGACGCACCCAAUAUGGCUACUCCCCAGCCCGCUUUCCUCGAUCACAAGGAGUCUGGCUUCCUCCGUUUUGUCAAGUACCACGGCCUUGGAAACGAUUUCAUCAUGGUGGAUAACCGAGAGUCAAAUGAGCCUAGGGUUACUCCCGAGCAGGCGAUGAGGAUCUGUAAUCGCAACUUUGGGGUUGGAGCUGAUGGUGUGAUUUUCGUGUUGCCGGGGCUCAACGACACGGAUUAUACCAUGAGGAUUUUUAAUUCGGAUGGUAGUGAACCCGAGAUGUGUGGUAAUGGUGUGCGUUGCUUUGCUCGGUUCGUUGCUGAGCUUGACAAUCUAGAUGGUAUACAAAGAUUUAGGAUUCACACGGGUGCGGGAUUAAUUAUCCCUGAAAUACAAAAUGAUGGAAAGGUUAGAGUAGAUAUGGGUCAACCUAUAUUAUUUGCUUCGGAUGUUCCUACAAAACUUGCAGCAAACCAUAAUGGAGCAGUUGUCAGGUCUGAAAUUCUUGUGGAUGGCAUAGGAUGGAAUGUGACAUGCGUCAGCAUGGGGAAUCCUCAUUGUGUUACUUUCAGCACAAAACAUGGUGAGGCUUUGCAGGUUGAUGACAUUAAGUUGGAAGAAGUAGGCCCAAAGUUUGAGCACCAUGAAAUGUUUCCUUCUCGGACUAACACAGAAUUUGUGCAAGUUUUCUCUCGUUCGCACCUAAAGACGAGGGUAUGGGAACGUGGUGCUGGAGCAACGCUAGCUUGCGGAACUGGAGCUUGUGCAGUCGUUGUUGCGGCAGUUCUUGAGGGGCAUGCUGAGAGGAUCUGCACCGUUGAUUUGCCUGGUGGUCCUUUGGAGAUUGAGUGGAGGGAGGAAGACAAUCACGUUUACAUGACUGGCCCAGCUGAGAAAGUGUUUUAUGGUUCCAUUCCUCUUUAGCAAUUCCCCACACUUUCAGGAACUGGCCAUAUCUGAAUGCUUGUGCAUGCUUAUGAAUGUAAGCUCUCAAAAACCUUUUUCAUAUAUAGAAAUUGAAAAAGUAAUUUGAAAACUGUUUAUCAUUUUGUAUGGAUAUAAAUCUUUAUUUAAGAUAUGAAUUUUUGCUGUUAAUUGUUGAA